UUACGUUCGGUUCGCAUUUCUCUUCUCUCUUAUAUAAUAUUCUCUUGUACGGAUCCUUAAGUUUUUUUCCACCUCAAUCAAUUCUAUGCAUUGUUAUUUUUUUUGUACAACAAAUUCUCAAACUUAACUCUAACUUUUAACUAAAUUUUUUUUUAACAACAAUAAAAAAUUUGUACAACAAUAAUAACAAGAAAACAACGGCGCGCAGUUAUACAAGAGCGUAAAAAAGUGUUAAAAAAAUAUUGAAAAUAAAAAAGUUAACGCAAAUUUGUGUGUGUGUUUGUGUUGGAAAGCUGUGCGCGUAACGGUACAUGCAUAUAUAUUGAAUUGUACGCGACAUUUGUUUAAAACUAUUGUAUUUUGCUACGAAUCUACUCAAAACUGCUAAGCAAAAUCUAUAAAUUACUUACUUGCUUUCGUAUACUUUCCGGCGACCGCCUCGACUAGAACGCCAACAAGCGCCACGCCACGCCACGCCACGAAACAACCGCAAAUUGGGUGGCCCUAAAGUGCAAAGUAGAACGUCGCGCGGCUGACAACUGAAUCACGGAUUAAAAAUCAAUACGCAGUCGAAGAAAAGUUUUACGAAAAACGCAUAAAAACACACACACGAAACGCAACAACAAGAACACAAGUGCAACACAACGCCAGCGAAAACUAUAAACAACAGCAAUCAAUGGCAACAGCACGCAGUUGUGCUUGAAAUACAACAAAAACAAGGGCGACAAAGUGCAACAAGGAGUUGAAAUUUGUAAGCGCCCUGGCAGGCGUGACAUAUUUACAAGCAUAGCAGAGCAUACAUGCAUAUGUAUGUCUUCAAAAAUUAACUUUAAAAGGCGAACUAGCAAAGCAAUUUGGCAUUAUUAUGCAUUAAAGACAACAGCAAAUGUUGUUGAGAAACUGUAAAAUAGCAAAAGCUUAAAAAUUGCUAGAAAAAAUUGAAGAAAAAAAUUUAAAAACCGCAGAAAAAAUUUUGAAAAUUAAACGAAAAUUAAAAAAAAAACUAAAAGAAAUUUAAUUUAAAAAAAUUUAAUUAAAAAAAUUAAAAAUUUUAAUUAAUAAAAAUUAAACAAAAUUUCAACAAAAAAUCGCGAAAUUUACAACAACAAAUUCGCAUGGCAGCAUCAGCGUGGCAGCUCGAACAAUUUGGCUUGCCAGCAAAAAUGUGCCGCAAACAGCGCUUUAACACCAAAUAAAAGUGGCAUGCAACAAACUGCAGCAACAUCUAAUGUUUAAACCUUAGUUGACCAAAACUCUAAAAUUUCGUCGGGCAAACUUUAAACAUAUACUUAUACUAAACUCGUAUGUAAAUGUAAAUAUAUUUAAAAAGAAAAAAGAAGCUUGAAACUCUUCAAGAACUCCACACAAGCAAUGUCUAGUGUUUAUUUACAAUUGCCGCAACAACAACAAUAGCACCAAACGCUCAACUUUUACUAAACACACACUUAGCUCGCACGAAAUAUCUAACCACUUUACUGCAAACUACUGCAUUUCACGCAAAAACACCAAAAACAAAAAAUAAUAAUAUCGAAAUAAAACCAAAAAUUUCACGCCUCAAACCCCCGCAAUUGAGUUCGCCAACAUUUGCCAGCAGCAAUUUUUCUUUAGUACCAACAUCACACCCGCCACCACGCUACCAUGCCACGUUGCCUGAUGGCGAAGAAAUGGAAAGCUUAUCCCUGGCUCGAACGCAUCGAGGAUAAUACGACGUCCGUGGCAGUGGCGGACGACAGCGACAAAUCGCAAGCGACCGUUUUACGCCACGAAUUGUUGCACAAACGCAGCGUUGCGGCAGCAUCACCCAGUCCGCAACAACAGCAGCAACAGCAACAAACGCAGUACAAUAGAAGAUCGUCGAAGUCGCGGCGCUCCACCAUCGAUGAUGAUGAGGAGAUCGAUGUAGUGGGUGAUAAUGCGCACGCUUUGGCCACAGCCGGCACGGAGUUGCAGGAUAACAGUAAAGUUGUAACAACGGCUGCAUGCAAUACAGCUGCUGUAGCGGCUGGCGGUAAUGGUAGCACACCUACGGCUACGUGUUGGGGUCCCUCGUCGCCGACAGCGGGCGCUACAGCGCCGAGUCCACCACCACAUUCACCAGAGGCAGCAACGCGCGGUGCAACGGCGUUGUAUAACGGUUUCGGCCAUGAAGCUUCGCCCAUGCACUACACAGCGUACCUGCCACGAAUGGAAAAUGGUGAAGUUACUGUAAUUACAAAUGCCGUUGCGGCAGCGGCGGCGGCGGCGGCUGCAGCUGCUGCUGCUGGCGCCACUGGACAUCAUAGCCUACCAACGCUACCGCACGCACAUCCGUAUUCGUCAUUUGUGCACACGCCGCCGCCUUCGACCGCCUCCUCGCCUUCAGCAUCGCCAACGAGUCACAGCAGCGCGUUGACAGCGUCCAGCAGCCAAAGCCACAACAACAACAGCAGCAGCAGCAGCAGCAGUAGUAGCAGUAGUCACAGCAGUGAACGCCUUAGUCCGCCCAUGAUACGCAUCAAAACCGAAGCGCCAAGCGAUGAGCAUGCACAACAACACCAAAACAGCAACAACAACAACCAAGUAACUAGCGAGUCCAACGUAUUGCGCAAUAAAUCGUUGGCAAUGUGUUUCACCAGCACUGGCGCGGCGCUGUCGCUGCCACCCAAAAAGAAAGACAUCUACCGUCCAUACUCGCUGGACGACAGGCCGAGCGUCGAGCGUUUGCGCACGUCCUACGAGAGUUUGCGCAUACCAGCGGAAGAGGAUCUGCAUGCCGCACACGCCAUACUCGAUUUGAGUGCUUCCACAGCCUUCCAUCCGCCAAUACAACCACAUCAACUGCAACAGCCGCAACCGCUGCAGCUGCAACAGACAGCGGUGCCGCCGCCUACGACACACCAACAGUUACAUCACCAGCAACAUCCGUUACAUCACAUCACACACGCGAUACAGCUACAACAGCAGCAGGAGGCAGCUGCCGCUGCAGCAGCGAGCAUACAACACACGGGCGCAUCCAUUGCGGAUCUGGCGGCCGCCGCCUGUGUCGCCAAUGAACAGCGCCCCAGAAGCACGGCCUCGCUGCACAGUGUUUUGAGUGCCAGCGAUAGCGAUCGACAGCCGAGUUCGCCAGCAAGCAGCGUGCAGAAUGAGAACAGCAAUACCACAAAUCAACUAACGGCACUACAGUUGCCAACAUCGGCGAAUGGCGCCAACAAAACGGUCGCCUACACCUACGAAGCCUUCUUUGUUAGCGACGGUCGUUCGAAGCGCAAGCACGUGGUGGACCCGGCGGCUGUGGUGCAGCAAGAUCAGCAGCGCGCCAAGUACACAUGCACCGAAUGUGGCAAGCAGUAUGCCACAUCGAGUAAUCUCUCGCGUCACAAGCAGACACAUCGCUCGCUCGACUCGCAAUCGGCCAAAAAGUGUCACACCUGCGGCAAGGCGUACGUUUCGAUGCCCGCGCUCGCCAUGCACUUGCUCACGCACAAGCUAUCACACAGCUGCGAUGUCUGCGGCAAGCUCUUCUCGCGCCCUUGGCUGCUGCAGGGCCAUCUACGCUCGCACACUGGUGAGAAGCCCUACGGCUGUGCGCAUUGUGGCAAAGCCUUUGCGGACCGUUCCAAUUUGCGUGCACACAUGCAAACGCAUUCGAUCGAUAAGAAUUUCGAGUGUAAACGCUGUCACAAGACAUUCGCGCUCAAGUCGUACCUCAACAAGCAUCUCGAGUCGGCAUGCCUCAAGGACGAGGCGGACAUGCAGUUCGAUAGUGACUUGAGCAAUGAUAUGGUCUCACCAUCACCAUCCGUCGAAGACUAUCCGCUAACGCCAACGGCACAACAGCAGGAACAACUACAGCAGCAGCGACGCUUCAUCUGCUCGUCGCCAACGCCGUCGGCGGUGAAGAUUGGCAGCAUCAGCGCGUUGACGAUACCAAUGCCGGCGACGGCGGCGGCAACUUCAUUGGCUGUCGGCGCCCUGGUGAAGGUGGAGGCGCCUUUCGUUGGCUAAAAUCAACAUGCACUUGCUGGCACGCAGCGCGCAGUGGAGUGUUCGGCUGAGCAAACAGUCAGCAGAGUAAGCAGCGUUAAGUGGCCCUUUGGUGCAAUUGUAAGUAAUAUUUAAGCGCAAGCAGGUAGUUAACGAGUGGAUAACUUUUAACGUAGUUGAAGUGCAAAAGUUACGGUUUUGUUGCAAGCAUACCAAAGCGCACGCUACAUACACGCAUAUUGUGUGUAAGUGUGUGUGUGCGCGCAAUUUAUUGACGCGUGAACAAAGCUUUGUUGUUUGAACCAGUGUAUAUUAACCCCUAAGUGGGACAGAAAUUACCAGUGACAGUAUGAUUAGUAUAAAAAUUAUUUAUUUUUGUGAAAACUAAAAA